CUGACAGGGUGGAGGAUGCAGUGGACAGGCAGGAUUUCUUUCACUCUUUCUUUACAGUAAUAUCUCUUCAAAGAAUAAAUAAUCGAGACGUCCAGCAUAACAUAAAUCGAUUUGCGGAUUAAAAUGAAAGGGACACUCUGAAAUCAGUUCAGUUUCACCAUUACACAGAGAAGAGUUUCUUCCGGACUGUUUCGGUUCAUCACCGAAGGAUACCCUGCCCGGACCUUAUGCUGCCAAUGACAAGUUCAGCUCCUCGUAUCAUCUACCUCACUUCUACACGACCAUCAUAGUUUUGGCAAUCAAUGACCAGGACGAAUAUUUCAUUUCCUUUCCUCAUCCGAGUCUUUUGAAGCCGCCGGUGGGUGUCCUUAACCUGCACUAAACUGACAAGUGUACCCAUUAAUUUUUUUUUUUUUUUUUUUAAAGGAUCAAUGCUGAACCAUUCUCCCUGGUCUAGGAACCUAAAUUUAACAGAGCCGAAAACCGGUAAAUCCUAAUAUUAUACAGUUGCAAUCGAAAUUGUUCAACCCCCCCAAGACAGUAAGGAUUUACAAAGACCCAUGGGUAAGCAGUAUGUUUGGAGUAAGAUGACAAGGUGAUGACAAGAACGACACCAUCCCCACAGUCAAGCAUGGAGGUGGGUCAGUCCUGUUAUGGGGGUGUUUUGCGGCUGCAGGAAAUGGCUAUCCUGACUAUGUGACUGACACCAUGGAUUCUUUCAGAAUUUCAAGAUGGCAUCAGAGGUCAGCCAAGUGUCAUUGAGUGAGCUGCCCAUGGACAACUGGAUGGCCCAUCUGCCCAGUGCACUGUGGGAUACCCCUCUCUGUUACAUGACCAUUCCAGGAAGCCAUAAUUCUAUAACGUACUGUCUGGAUAAGAAUGACCGCUCCCCAGUUGACCCCACUCAACCAGAUAUGCUGCAGAAGCUGGACAAGUACAUGAAGCCCAUCAUACGCCCGUUUGUUUACAAGUGGGCGAUAGCACAGGAGUCUAGCGUACAGGAGCAGUUAGAUUCUGGGGUGAGAUACUGUGACCUGAGGAUAGCACAUCGGCCUAAUGACAGCUCUAACGAUCUCUACUUCUACCAUGGUGUUUAUACCACUAUUACUGUGGAGACGGUAUUAAAAGAGAUCAGAAAGUGGUUGGAUGUUCAUCCAAAGGAAGUAGUCAUCCUCUCCUUUAGCCACUUCCUGGGCCUCUGUCAAGAUCAUCACUCACUGCUGGUCUCAACAAUAAAGAGUGUUUUUGAUUCCAAACUAUGUCCCGAAACGGAGCGUGUUACACUACGGAAUUUAUGGAGCCAGGGUUACCAAGUCAUCAUUUCAUAUGAGCACAAUAUUGCCAACUGCCACAUAGAGUUGUGGUCCCAUAUACCUUAUUGGUGGGCCAACAAGUGCAAAGCUGAAGCGCUGAUCGAGGAAUUUGAACGUAGAAAACAAAGUGGCCGACCAGGAGGGUUCUUUGUGACUGGCAUCAAUCUUACUGAAGAUUUGAAGUAUAUAUGCUCCCAUCCCACAGAAUCUCUGAAGGAUAUGGUGAUGUCCACAUAUCCCACAUUACUCAGCUGGGUCAGGCAGCAGAUGCCUGGCUCUAACACUGGCUCCCUCAACAUCAUAGCUGCGGACUUUGUGGCUGAGAGCCAGUUCAUACCAACUGUCAUUGCACUGAAUGAAAAUCUACUGAACAGAACCAUAUUAUCAGAGCCUUGAUACACUCUUAGACUGCACAAUGUAUUUAACAUUUAAGGAAAGAAGUGUUUCUUGUUCUUGUGAUAGAUUUUUAUACUGGUCAAUAGACUAUAAAAUAACUUUGCACUUUUUGAUUAUAAGGGUGAUAGAGAAUUGAUUUAUGAGUAGAAUAAUGUAAUGCACUAAUUUUUAUGAGUUAAAUGUACUGUCUUAUUAGGCUUAUUUAUGCAGUUUCCGAUAUAUACCUCUGAUCUUGCAAUAAUGUAGGUCAUUUAUAAGGACCUGUUCCUGGAUCUGGACAUUAUCAUGGUCCAAAUGAUCACAACAUCAAAAUAUAGCACCAGUCAUAAGCAUAACAUGUUACAUACAUAGUGCCAGUGAGCAGUGAACCAGAAUUUCACAGUUUGCAUGAGGAUUGCUGAAGACUAUUUAAUCCAAGCCUGCACAAAUGGAAUCAAACACUCAGGACUGUGCAUUUGUUAUAAUAUAUAAACUUUUAAACUUUUUACUGUAUGGAAUGACAAAAUGAAGAUUAUGGUUACAUCUCUGCAUGGUUUUCACAAACAAAAGCAUGAAGAGGCAUUGCGGAAUAUUUCUGCAAUUGCACAUGUUCUCUGUCGUAGCAGCAUGUCAUCUAAACCAUGAAGCAAGUUGUCAGCGAUUUUGGCCUCUCUGACAAAUAAAAUUUAAAUCACAAGUAUCUACAGUUUGAAUGGAGGAUAUAGAUCUGAUAUAUACACCGAUCAGCCACAACAUUAAAACCACUUGCCUAAUAUUGUGUAAG